UCAAAAGAAAACAUUCAAAAUACACAUUCAGGUGUUUACUUUAGUUCUGAUCACUGCAAAUUACUACAUACCUAAUUAGAUAGCCUAACGUGCAUAUUUCAACAAAAUAUCAGAACAAUUGUAAUACAAAAAAAUCAUUGUCUCAACAUAGGUAAUUAACAGGGGGAAGUUUCAUGGUGAAAUAUACUAGCUAAAGAUUUUACUGUAGUCACCUGCAGUGUUUGCCUUUAAUUGUCAUCUACACGUUACAUAGUUAACAAAUAAGGUUUCAAUAGUUUUGAACUAAAAUGAACUUACUAAUCGUAUCAAGAAAGAAAAUUCAGGUACAGGUAGUUGUUUAAUCGCUUCCAGUAACCAGCGCUGCAAACAAAAUACAUCUUAAUGAGAGCGCUUCGUCCACACUUGGCAGUGGAUGAAUUAGAAACAUCACUUUCACUUUGAAUGUUUUACUUUGAAAGUGUUGGCCAGAUGGACAGUGGACCUGGGUGCGCUUACAAUCAUGAGCGUUCACUGCCCCCCGGUGGUCAAAGGGGGGAACUGCAAACACCUGCCACACCUCCUGCCUCUGCGCGUUCAUGUCCCAAAGCGAAUAUAAACGCGAUACACACACACAUGCGCUGUUUGCUGGCUGUUUGGCGAUCACCUCAUAGAAUUUGAACGCACUGAUGGCGAUUCAAAUGUGUCCCCCACUGUCCAUCACUGUGCGCUCGUCCAGCCUUCAUGGUCAGGGAUCCUUAUCAUGUGACAUUCACAACAGUUAGCCGAUUCUACAGAUCUAUGUGGAGAAUGUGGCUAUUUCUGUGAGGAGGAGGCAUCAUACAGAAAACAUAUGCAUCUGAAAAUGGCAAUGUAUUAAAAUAAUUGGGUUGUGAAUAAGAGACUAAAUUUCACCUUCCCAAGAUUAGUCAUUUGUAGGACAUGUGUUGAACGUUGUCAAACUCAUGUAGCCUACAUUCCCAAGUGACUGUUUAGAUCGGCAAACAAGAGAGUUUCUGAGGCUUUUAUUCAAAACGUUUUACCGCUGAGAGACUACGUCCCCCAGCAUGCACCGCGCUUGCAACAUGGCGCCCCACACCGCCGCUUGACCUGUGUCGACGGGACCAAAGCGCGGCAGAAGGUAAACAGCGGUGCGUAGCGAGCUUCGACCGCCGGUGCCGCGGACGGGAGGAUGAGACCGCGGCUGGCCGUGUUGACUCGAAUCCGCAGAGCAGCUCUGUGCUGCGGUCACACGCGUCGCCUGAGCUCCUGCGCCGGCAGCGGCCUGGUCGUCGGGUCGAGCCGGGAGGUCGUGCAGAGGCUCGGCUCUAAGGUGGAGGUGAGGACGGCCUUCAUCAGCGAGGAGGAGGAGGGGGCUCUGCUGCGAGAGCUGGAGCCGGGCCUGAAGAAGAAACGCUACGAGUUUGACCACUGGGACGAUGCUAUUCACGGGUACCGUGAGACUGAGCGUUUGAGCUGGGGGGCGGCGUGUGAGGAGGUCCUGAAUCGGGUCCGAUCUGCAGCAUUUCCUGAGGGCAGUCCACUCCUCGGGCCUGUGCACAUUCUGGAUCUAGACAAGACCGGCUACAUCAAGCCUCAUAUUGACAGCGUCAAGUUCUGUGGGAGCACCAUUGCUGGAUUGAGUCUUCUGUCUGAUAGCAUCAUGCGCUUGGUAAAAGAGGGCGCCGCCGAUGAAUGGCUGGACCUGCUGCUGCCCCGACACUCCCUCUACAUACUGAGGGACGAGGCCAGAUAUAACUUCACGCACGAGAUCCUGAAAGAUGAGGAGUCCGUGUUCAACGGAAAGAAAGUGCCUCGGCUGCGUCGUAUCUCCGUCAUCUGUCGCAACCUUCCGAGCUGACACCCUCUUCGCCUCAGCCUGGAUUUUAGAGAGCAACUCCACCAAUUUUACGUAUUAAAUGUUGUGCGGGGUACUGCUGCAUGUGUGGAACAAAGUUGGAAAAUGGCUCCAGCAUAGCAGAGAUAUUGUGUGUUUGUUCCACACAUUCUUUCUUGCUUUUGAAAGCCUGAUGCCUACAUUGCCCACAAUGCAGUUAAGCCACUGAGUGACAUAACUGGAGGCAGUUUGUCCGAUUACAUGCAGCUUCUUCUCAAGCAACAAUUCGUACUCCUUGAGAUCUGUCAACACACUUCAGUGCGUAAAAUGAACAGAACAUGAAUUCAAAGGAUUAUGCAGGUGAUCUCCAUUUAUUUAUAUGUCAAAGGUGACAUCCCUAAACUUUUCAUGGUUAAUGUAUUUUCACCAUAUGCAUCUAUGAUGAAGUGUCCAGGACAUUCACGGCCGUUGCAAUGAUUUACACUGUGUGCAUUAUGAAAUACUGAUCAGAAGGUCAGGUCACACCUGUCACAGUCGAGGAUACCGAAUUGAUCUGUUCGUCGCACAUGUAUUACAGUAUUCAUAUUUUCAUUACAGGGAUUGAGUCCACCAUUAUGGGAUGUCAUUCAUUUGGGCAUCAAGUUUUGCUAGCUAGCAGCAAUUUUCUACCACAACCUUCCACAACAACUCCAUCAUUUUGGCCUGUAGUUUGAACGUCAUUUCAGUUUCCUGUCACUUCUGGAAAGGAUUUCAGUUUAAAUAAAUAAUUUUUGUGUGUCCUUCUAAUUCUGGAUAAUCCAGAGCCUCUGUGUACAUAAAGUGAAAUGCAAGUUAAACUUGUCAAUCAUGCUCAGCGGCUACUGAUGGUUUUGUGUUAUUAAAAAAAUGUAAUCUAAAUACUAUUGAUAACUAAGAGUUUGUAGACGUGCAAAUAAUACAAUUCCUCCAUCCUGUUCUCUACAUAGUAGAAAGGAGUUCUUGCCAUGUUUUCUUCCAGCGUGCUCAAACAGGUUCAGUUCAAGUAUCUCUCACAAAGCUUUGAGGCGUGUUUGGUCCUACUGCAGUAUCAAGUCAAGUCAAGUCAAAGCUAGACUAAGGUGUAAAAAGGGGGGCAGUGCAUGGAAGUCAAACAUUUCAGGAACUCAGAGACAGGCCGCACCCUCUGCUUUGCAUCUUUGUACAGAGAGAUUCAGACUGCAGCAGGACUAUGAGCCCAAACACACCUCAAAGCUUUGCAAGAACUACUUGAAGACCAAAGAAGACUAAGGAGUCCCGACUUCACGCUAAAACUCUGAAGCUGACAUUAUCACUUGUAACGAAAUAUAAAAAUAAAAGUAUUACGUUCGAAACA